UGAGGGAAACUCGAAUGGGGUCAGUUGAAAAUUGCAGCUGAAUUGUGCCAAAUAAAUCAGUAAUCCAAUGUGAUUAUGACUUAAAAAUAAUAUAAUUUGCAUGUUAAAAAGGAGGGGAUUUAGGUUAUCAAUAUCAUUUAAAGUUACCUUAGUUUCUUCCAUCUGAAAACCAAAACAAUAUCAUUCUAACAACCUCUAUCAAGUCAACAUCCAUCUUAAACAAUUUGAGCUUAUAUUUUGUAAACAAAAAACUUGCGUACCUUUUUGCAACCAAUUAAGAAAAAUGAGUGAAUCGGACUCUGGAGAAAGUACCUCCUCUCUAUCUUCAUUCAUAUCAAGGUCGUCCUCGUCUUCCUCCUCGCGACUAAGUGAGUUUGUGGAUGCGAAAACCGAACUGCAGGAUGUUUAUAACGAUAUGGGUGUUUUUCUCGCUGAUUUCCUUUACAUAAUAGACGGAAACAUGCUCUUGAAAGACCUGGAAAUGCUCAAGCAGGUUUACAUGCUUGCAGACAAAAUAUCUUCCAUUGACAAGGUUUUGGCCAGGAAACGCAUGAAGGUGGCUUUUUUUGGACGAACCUCGAAUGGAAAGAGUGCAGUGAUAAAUGCCAUGUUGCACGAAAGAAUCCUUCCGAGUGCCAUGGGUCAUACCACCAGUUGUUUUUGCCAGGUGCAAGCUAAUGGUGACGAUGAACCCGAGCACGUGAGGAUCGAGGAGGAGGAGCAGCAACUGGAUCUGAGUUCCCUAAACGAAUUGGCCAGUGCUCAUUCGCCAAGAGCCUUGAAACCCAGGACUCUUUUGUAUGUUAAUAUACCCAAAAGUCGCUGCUCGCUUUUGGAUUACGAUGUGGUACUGAUGGACACACCUGGCGUGGAUGUCACAGCUCAAUUGGAUGACUGUCUGGAUCGGUACUGCAUGGAUGCGGAUGUAUUCAUCCUGGUUCUUAAUGCAGAGUCUACCAUUUCCCGAGUGGAGAGGCAGUUCUUCAAGGAUGUAUCCUCGAAACUCUCGCGACCGAACCUCUUCAUUUUAAACAAUCGCUGGGAUGUGGCUAGUAAUCAAGAACCAGAAAUGGAGCAGCAGGUUAAGGAUCAGCACAUGGAACGUUGCCUGAAGCUGCUCAUUGAGGAUUUACGAGUUUAUUCAGAUGAGGAGCAGGCCAAGAAGAGGAUUUACCACAUCUCAGCUUUGGAGGCUCUGCAAUUGAGGAAUGGUUGCAAAACAAAUCCAAAUCCUCAAACGCAGGAGCGAUAUCUGGAAUUCCAGCGAUUCGAAGCUGACUUUGCCAACUGCCUGGCAGAAUCGGCUUUGAAGACCAAGUUCGAACAUCAUUUGAUUAGUGCCCAGGAGGUUUUGACCCAGUUACAAACCACUUUGCUGAAACCUCUCGCAACCAAAGUAAAUCAACUGAUGAAGGAAAAUGUGGAUAGAAGACGGGAUUUGUAUGUGGAAAUGCGCGACAGUCGAAAAGAAAUCCAAGAGCGAACUGAGGAGCUUCAAAUGCGAUUUCAUGAAAUAUGCGAAUUAACAAUAGAUAUCGCUAACAGGGUUUUAAAGGAGCAGAUCAACAGGAUAAUACCCUCGGCUGUACAAUCCUUUUCGCAACCCUUUCACCCGCAUUUACCAUGGCAAAUUAGAAACUAUCAGCGACAUUUAAGUGGUCAUUUGGAUAACCUACUUACAGGUCAAAUCCAGGAACGUGUCUCUAUGCCAUUGCAAAGAAAACUUUGUGAAUUGGAGACCUCAUUUCAUGCUCAACCCGUCAAUGAAAACAUCCACUGGCAUUUAAUCCACAGAGUAGAUUGCCAAUCGUUGAUGGGUGAUUUCCAUCCGGAUCUAAGGUUUCGUUUCUCCUACGGAACGGCUGCACUUUGGCAUUUCCUUCGGGGAAGGCUUUCACUGCCCUCAAAUUAUUCGCAGAAUCGAAAGUUACUAAACGGUCACAAGGAGUCCUCAUCUGCCACUCCUCUAAUUCACCAAAGUAAUCUACAGAUGAUUGCAUCUUUGGUGAAGUCAGAUGGUUGCUUUGGAACCGUAUUGCUAAGUGGACUGGCCGCUCGUUCGGUGGGUUGGGUAACCAUGCUGGUCCUUGGAGGCCUAGUGGCAUCCUUGUACCUCUAUGAGUUACUCAGCUGGACGCCAGCUGCUCAAGAGCGGAGCUUCAAGAACCAGUACUCCAGGCACUUGCAGCAACAACUGCGGGCCGGUGUUCAACAAACCGCCAGCGGUUUCGAGUUGCAGAUGCGACAGCAGCUGGCCAAAAUCCAGAACUGGUGGAUAGCCCAGGCAGAGGAAACCAGUCACGACCUGGACUUGAGGAUCUCGGAGGUGACCGACGAAAUAAAGUCCUUAAAAGAGUUGCAGGAGAAAUUGAAGAAGUUCGAGGACAAGGGAAAUGUGAUAGCUAUACGAUUGGCUGAAUUUCACGAUCUUUACAUCAAAAACAGGAGUUGACUUUAAGAGGGAAUGUUUUAGGCUUGUUGAAAUUAUUUUAUUUUGUGUUUCUUUCAUUUGUUUAUUAAAUUUGAAAUUCGGUUGUGAUUUUAAA